GAGGACCGUGCAGGAGCUCGAGCACAGCGUCUGUUGUAAAAGGCUUUCGUUUCGGUUGUCUCGGAAAGGCAACAUGCUGGUAUAGUAAAUAUAGGGCUAUUCAUUGUUUGUUUUUCCUUCCAAGCGCACAUUUCUGUUGGAUUUGUAGCUGAAUAUAUAUUUAUUUUCGUGGAUAUUUUCGUUCUUUUCUUCCACGGUGGAACCUGCAGAGCACGAUUUGCACAUGCAGUGGAAUGCUCAGGGUUCUACUGACAGUUCUCAGCGCGAGGGAUGAGUGAUUGAGUUUUGAUCGGUAAACAUUCGCUUAUUUUGUUUUUACACAAUACAGACCAAAUUUAUGAACGAAUGAAAAAAAUACCAAGAAUCAUUGCAAAGAUUCGAGUGAGCUUUUUUGAAAGACUUGUGCGUGCAGAGUCUUCUGCAUGGUUGCCAUAGCCAACAUUGCAUUGCCAUUUUAAUUUGUUUCAUUGAACUUUUCGAUCCGAAGUGCCACGGUUAGCAUCAUUUCCGUAUCAUGUAUUCACAUUUCAAUACAAUUUCGCAAUUGAGACUCGGCUAGUUUAGCCUAAACAUCCAGCUUAUUGCCGUCCCGUUAUUGGACCGAGGAGAGAGCACAGACCCGCGGGAGACAUGGCUAAAAACCCGUCCGAGGGACCCAAGGAGCCAGACCUGAAUCAGCUAUCGGACGAAGAGCUGCUGCAAUGGGGCAAGGAGCAGCUGGUCAACAGGCUAAGGAGGGUGGACAGCGAGAAGUUGAACCUGAUGAUCGAGCACGGCAACAUGAUGAAAGACGUUAACCGGAGGCUGCAGGUGCACCUGCAUGAGAUCCGCAACCUGAAGGAGAUCAACCUGAAGCUCCAGGACGACAACAACGAGCUCCGCGAGCUCUGCUGCUUCCUGGACGACGACCGGCAGAAGGGCAAGAAGCUGUCCCGGGAGUGGCAGCGGUUUGGCCGGUACUCCGCGAGCGCCAUGUGGAAGGAGGUGGGUACCUACCAGCUGAAGCUCAAAGAGCUCGAGGCCAACCAGGAGACGGUGGUGCGCGAGAACACGGACCUGAAGGAGAUCAUCCUCAUGCUGGAUGAGGAGAGGAACGGAGCCGGUUCCCGGAGCUCCAUAGACUCCCAGUCCAGCCUCACCAACCUGAACGGCGGGACAGGGAUAGUUCGCGACUUCGGGGAUGGGAGUAGUACCUCCAGCACCGGGAGCGCAGGUAGUCCCGACCACAGCCACAACCACAAGCUGCCCACGGAGAGGGAGGGCAAGCUGGGUAGCACCUUCCAGAGGAGGUCCAUGGAUGACCUGUCACCGCCACACCAUCACAGGAGCAUCCCUAAUGGACUCAAUGACUCCUCCACUAACUACAUCAGACACCUGGAGACGAAAAUGAGGAUAUUGGAAGACGACAACAACAAGCUUUUAACGCAGCAGCAGUGUAACCCAGGGGACCUGCGUGUCCUGAGAAAGGGGAUGACCCUGUACCACUCUGAGUCUCAGCUGUCAUCCCUGCCACAACGCCAGGAUGCACUGCACAACGUCACGAUUGGUCGUCUCCCCACCAGCGAGUCAACCCCGGUAACAGGCUACCUGUCCUGUGUUCAGAAACCAGAGGCUGUGGUCCACGCUAUGAAGGUGUUGGAGGUCCACGAGAACCUGGAUAAGAAGCAAGUCCCAGAGGACUACGAGGAGGAUCUGAGUGAGAAGGAGAAGGCCAUCGUCAGAGAGAUGUGUAACGUGGUGUGGAGAAAGCUGGGCGACGUGGCAGGAUCUAAGCCGUCCAUCAGACAGCAUCUCUCUGGUAACCAGUUCAAAGGCCCAAUGUAGUCCACAGCAGCCAGAGAGGGAGAAAGAGAGAGAGAGAGAGAGAGAGAGAGAGAGAGAGAGAGAGAGAGAGCGAGCGAGACCUACCUACGUGACUGGACAUUAUACGACCCAGGAAAACCCCAGAAUGGACCUCUCUGUUUCUCCCUCGCCACUAGUCAACUCCCCAUAUACACACACAUUUCGUUUGAACUUCCAGUGUUGUUGAUAACUGGCAGCUAGUUUCACUGAUUAGCCACUUUCCUUGUAUUACUGAUUUUGGGGUUAUAGUUAGACAGGCUUACACUUUUACACAGUGCUGAAGACUAUUUCAGAACAAGCUCCUGUUGUUUUGUUUUAUGCUAAAAAGAAAGAAACUAUAGGAGUCCUCUAGAAAAGGACCAGUAGAGCUGGAUGGUUACUACAGCAGGGCUUCAGGCUGGGGCAAUGUUGGGAUAAAAAACAUUUCCCAAACGUCCCUUUGAUGUUAAAGUAACGCUGUGAUAAUGUCAGAUAUGGUUACUACGUUUUGGGUUACAAGUGUCUCGUAUGGACAGAUCUAGGAUCAGCUUCACCCGCCUUCAAUCCUGAUCUUGAGCAUUUAGAGGUAACAUACAGUACUGACUGUGGAUCAGUGUCUAGGAGCAAUGUCACCCCACUCCUUCAUAGUGCUUCCCAUAAAAACCCAGCUAGCUCCUCUGUUAGUUGUGCUUUGUCUUUAUCUGGUUGAUUAGCGUAAUUAGUAUUAGCUAAUGCUAGCUUUAACAAAAUUAGCAUUAGCUAAUGCUAGCUUUAACAAAAUUAGCAUUAGCUAAUGCUAGCCUUAGCAGAAGUAGCAUCCAAAGUGUUAAUAUGUGAUACCUAUUGUGAUAUGAUACAUAGCGCCCUAUGCUCAUAAGAGAAGUCUAUUAUUAAUACAGUACUAUUAUAGAGAUCACUUUUAAAAUGUGUGUAAAUACGUAUAAAACCCUAGCACUACUUUGUUGUUGUUACCGUUUAUUUUGACCUUUUAAUUUUUUUAUUAUUAUUCUAGCGUAUUAAAAACUGUUUUGUGGGUUUUAUGUUUUACAGAAGCACACAACUGAACCUUAAACAGGGUUCUUUCUAUGGUAACCACUCAUCUUUUUACUGUAGUUCGUUGAAACAAAUGAUUACGGUACUUUAUCUGCUCUGCAAACGUUCAAGGCCAUUUUGAAUCUAAACCGUCUCAGCCAAUUAAUUAUUUUUUACUAAAAUGUAUAAGGUUGUGCAUGCUCUAAGACAAUCAUGUUUCUCAGGUUGGGAAAUAACAAGACAUUUACCACGACCCUGUGACUCUUCUGUGACUCAGUGAAGACCGAAUGGAUAUAGUGGUGAUUCUUUCUUGACGUUGGUCAGGCUGCCUGUGUAUACUGUAGUUCUCUGUGACGUACUGAUGACACCUGGUUACCACAGGGUUGGCGACUGCUGAACACAUUUUCUGCAUUCAUUUUAUAUGAAAUAAUAAUAUUUCAGAAAUCUCCAUGACAGAAGGUUUCAGAAAUGUUCUCUGAAACUUCAAGGCUUUUAUGCUACUGUCAUAAAGGGAAGAUCAAACUAAUUUGGCUAUGUUUGGUUAUCAAUAACUAUUGCACUAAUCAAACUACUGUACAACACAGUAUUGUAAUUGAAAGCUAAGAAAGUUGUCAAAUAAAUUGAAUGGGUUUUCAUUUUAAUUUGCAUAAUAUGAAUAAGUGUUUUAGCCAUGGUGAAUACAGCAGAUGAGUUUCAGCAGUGGACUUUGCAUGUUUUGUAGAAUAUUAUUUCUGUUGGAGUGUGAGAAAGAGCAAGUCUUCCCUUAGAUGUUUUUCGAUACAGCUACGUUUUAACGAGUUAUACAGUGAGGGAAAAAAAGUAUUUGAUCCCCUGCUGAUUUUGUACGUUUGCCCACUGACAAA